UCCACGUUAUCUACGAGGAAAUAAAACAUAAGCUUUAACAUUAAUCCCACCUUACCUUCCUACACAUUGAUAAGUAUAAAGCAUAUAUCGUAAGAUGUCUUGAUUGUGUCACAUCUCCAUGAAAAAUUUACUUACAGCCAACUAGAUUUGCCAAUUACUAUAAUCGCAGUAUUGACGUAAUUUAUCUAACAGAUUUAGAAUCAAGAGCUGAUUUAUGCCUUCCUUUUGACUUUAACGGCGUAUAUAAAAUGGAGAGUGACGAAGAAGAUAAAGGUUCACUAGACGUAUACAAAUAUAGGCGAAGAGCUGACAAGGACGAAAUAUUCUUGAAUUCUACUACAUUUGGUCGAAUUUCUGACAUUGAUAAGCAAGAUGUCAAUUAUGGAAUCGACCAAGAAAAGAAGCACAAAACCUACACAAUCUUACAAGAAACCAGAACGGAAUUCACAAAUAGCAAACUGCGGAAUAUUCUGAUGAUAUAUUCGAAUCCUGCGUGGAAAGUGUUCAUACUGACGAUACUUUUUAUCUCGUACCUGUUAGAAUCAUCCAUGUACACAUUCUGCAAACCGAAGGACCGGCCAUUUUGGAUCAUCAUUCUUGUGAUAUGUUCCAACUUCAUUUUCUCUUUGGAUGUAACGAUCGUUUUCGGACUAAAGUUCUUCAGGAAGUGGAGAAAAACCCUCAAUCUCGUAGAGCCUGAAACCAGUAGAGUAAUAUUAGAUGUUGUACUAGCUAUGCCAUACGCGUUUCUUUACUUAGUAAACUACGAAAGGACUUCGUUCAACUAUUACGCGAUUGCACCAAUUAUGGCCCUGAUCCGUGUUUACAGAAUCAUAGAGUACUUUUAUAACAAGUCAUCUCAAGCAGGAAGUAAUCAAUGGACGACGUUUCUAUUCCAAUAUCUGAUAUUAUUUCUGCUCUCUGUCCAUACUUGGACUUGUGUGUGGUACCUAUUUUCAGACAGAAAUUUCGAUAUACAUAAAGUUAGGUCGUCGUGGUCGACCGCAGCAAUAUACUUGCCGACAGAGGUCACCUUUGAUUGGUACUUCGUUUGUUCAUAUUGGUCUGUAAUGUUUCUAACAACGAACGCGCUUGGUGAUUUGUACCCUGUGACCACAACCGAAAGAAUUACAGCAAUCACGGCUAUAUUGUUAGGAUUUCUGCUGACAACAAUCGUUUUUGUUGGGUCUUUGACUUCGCAGUUCAUAACUAUUACUACAAGACGUUCAAUUUAUGUAAGACAGUUGAUGAAAAUCAGGAAUCACCUUGCGCUCAUCAAAAUGGAUCCAGACACCACUAAGCGAAUCAUAAGGUAUUACGAAGAUCUUUGGUACCAAAAGUCUGGUGUAUUCAAGCCGAAAUUAUUGAAGCUUCUGCCGUAUCCUCUUCAAAUGGAGAUCUGCUAUGACUUGAACGCUGUACCACUCUACAGUUCAUUGAUAUUCCGAAAGCUUCCGGAAGCCUUCCUUAGAAGGCUCUCUCUGGACAUGAGUCACCAGUUUUAUUUACCAGGCGACAUUGUUUACAAGCACAAUCAUAACAAGACUAUUAUGGUAUGUAUCACGAGUGGGGUUCUAGAAUUACUGUCGGAUGAAGAUGACGAAAGUCCAAUGAUUUCAUUUUCAAAAGGAACGUGCUUCGGAGAAAUAUCUCUGGUUUACAACAUACCAGCUCGAUGUACCGUAAAAGCGGCGACGUACGUCGAGUGUCAAGUGCUGGACAAGACAAAGUUCAUUAAAUUGAUGAUCACGUAUCCUCAAAUGAUCGAUAAGAUAAAGAAUGAAAUAAAUGAACGGAUUGAGAGGAGUCGUCAAAGGAAAACGAGGGGAGACCAGACUGCCUUAUCCUUGAAUAUUUACGCCUCCAAGGAUCGAAAGAAGAGCAGCAUUAAAUGUCUGAAGGACAAGCUAAGAUACGUUCAAGGUAAAACUAAUGAAGACCUGACGAAAGAUGACGAGUUGGACAGUAACUGCUUAGAUCUCUACAUUUUAUCUGAACAUGUUAAGAAAAAGACGACCUUAUUUACCUGCAUCAGUUCCUCGUUUCCUUGGGUCUUGGAACACGAUUGCUACCUCGUGAAAUACUGGGAGCAUUACAUGCUCUGUAUAGUAUUUUACAUCUGUACUGUAUAUCCAUACUUUAUCGGAAUCAAGAGAAAAUUUCCCGGCGGCCUUCUAUUCUAUACUCAGAUUCUAAUCACCAUAUCGCUGCUACUAAACGUCGUUAUGUCUUCUGUAACAGCUGUGAAAACAAAGAAAAGCUAUUUAACUAACAUACGAAGCAUUUUGAACUAUAGGAUGAACACCCUAGGGUUUUAUCUAGAUGUGAUUGCUAUUAUACCGUUCGAGUAUAUUGUCACGAUUCACAAAACUGUAAAUUACGACGACAGUUAUAGAGACCACUUAUUUUACCUGUGCAAAGGUAUCAAAUUAUGCCUAGUGUGGAGACUGUCGAAUUUUUUUGAAAAACUUGAACGCAAGCUGUUACUGAAUUCUUUGAUCGUGAAGGUGGCCAAAUAUUGCGUCUACAUUUGUCUAUUAUGUUACUGGUGUGGAGUAAUAUUGUACAUGGAGUCCUGUUUUGUGAGCCGUUGUUCUGAAAACUCAUGGUUCAGUAGAGCUUUGCUUUGGGAAAACAAAAUAAGUGGUGUGACGUCAAGCAAAACCAAAUAUCCACUAGUGACGUCAGUAUACUUUGCCACCACGGUCCUCCUGUCAGUGGGGUAUGGUGAUUACACGCCUGGUGACCAAUUCGACAUGGCUUUAGUGGCUUUUCUCAGCCUAUAUGGAGUACUACUGAUCGGAUACUGCGUGUCCGAAUUCUCAGCUGUAGUCACGCAUUGGUCUAGAACCAAAACGGCAUUCUUGGAAGUGAUCAUAACCAUAGACAAGUUUAUGAAGGAGAACAAUAUGCACCCGGCAAUCAAAUCCAGAAUAAUGGCGUUUUACGAGCUACAGUGGCAGUAUAAUUCGGGAGUGGAACUCACUGAGGAGAACUGGUUGGAAAGUACUGUUAUACCAUCUGAGCUUAGGAAGAAAGUGCUACACCAAGCUAGAUUUAAAGCGCUUACUUCGAUUAGAUUUUUCCAAGUUAAAAAUAUCGCUUACAUUCAAACACUAACCGAAACUGCAAGAGACAUAAUACUUCCACCUGGCGAAAUCGUAUACUACGGUGGAACAGUUACUAGAGAACUCUACAUAAUAGAAAGCGGUUAUUGCUUAGUAACAUCCCCACAGAUGAAAGAGGCUAAGAAGGAACGCGUCAUCGGACCUGGAAACCACUUAGGAUUAUUGGUGCUAUUAUAUGGCGUACCAGCUGUUAGCACUGUGAUUACGCUGACCCAUUGCAAGUUGAUAAGUAUUAGCCACUGGGCCUACACAUCGGCAUUAAGCUUAUUUCCUGAUAUGAAAGAGCAUGAAGGCCUUCUAACGCCAGAGGAACUUAACAGCAUACAGAUGCAGGCCAAGUCACAAUACGCUGCUUGUGCUUAUUUAAAGCAUUACAGCAACCUCACUAGGAAACCCCCACGAGUCAAGAUUACCAAUAUCCUUCAGGAGUUUUUGAACAAUUCCUUCAUAAAUGUGUAUGAUGACUACCACAAACGGAGAGAAAGCUACAUCAAGUCAUACUCACAAUUUCGCAUUUUGAACCAUUUCGCACCGUAUUUACUUAUGCCAAUUGCGAUCAAACCAAAUGGAAUAUUUUUGAAGUUCUGGGCGUUUGGCAGAAUUAUCACAGCAUUUUUGUUAUGCAUUUUAGUACCGAUAGUUGUGUCUAUGGCCCCACUGUGUGGAAUAUUUAACUAUGCAAUAGUAGCUCUUGAGGCAAUAUGCUAUAUUGAUCUCUAUCUGAUGCUACAUGUCGCUUAUUAUGGAACGAAGAACCAGUUGAUUUACCAUCCAUAUUUAACUGCCAAAAAUUACUUAACAGGCCCUUUCAUCAUAGAUUUUCUGACAUGCUUUCCCUGGUAUGCGAUAUGGAAGCUCUUCGUACCUAAACACGAUGAAGAUCAUACGGAAGAGGACCACAUUGCCAAUCAUCACGUAUUCCACUGUAUUUUGCGAAUGGUUAACGUGCUACAAAUAUACAAACUUUACGCUGCGUUCUGGGCGGAAUCUAUCGCAGCAUUGAAACGGGCUUACUUGAUGAGUGUCGUACAGUUCUUUCUACUGACGAUUUUCUUCCUUAACUUGUAUGCAUCGAUGCUGAUAACCAUGUCAUGCAGAUACGUUAUAGCUUCUAACGCCGAUGAUUUCGAAGACAGAAUUUCACGAUUGUCCCUGAUAGGUCCUUAUAUGAACACAACGUACCAUCCUGAGGGUUGCAUGGUUUGCCAACGAGGAUCUUGGGUUGACGCGCCAACAUUAUUAGAAGAAUACCUAACCCCGGCAAAAGUAUACCUGUUGGCUUAUUAUUGGGCGGCGACGAGUUUUAGUGGGGCUGGCUUCGGUGACAUCACUGCGCAAGACAACACCCACAUGAUCCUUUCCAUUUGUAUCAACAUACAUGGAGUUCUGUUCUUUGGAUACGUUUACGCUAAAAUUGCAUCACUGAAAGCAAUGGCAGAUCAAGUGGUAACGAAAUUCCAAGAGAAUUUAAAGCAUCUAGAAUUAUUUCUGAAUAGAGAAAAGGUGCCAUUUGUACUGAAAAAGACUGUGAUAGAUUACUGGAAAUAUCAAUGGAAGAGAACGGGCGGAUGGUCGCACCAAUCCAUACUAGGUAAACUGCAUGCAAAUCUGAACGAAGAUUCAGUACUGUAUAUGUACGAGAAAACGCUGCGAGAGAUACCUUUGUUCGAAGACGUUGAAUAUUCGUUCUUCAGGGCCUUCGCGAAGAAACUCAAAGAGCAAUACUUUCAAAAAGGUUACAUGGUUAUAAGAGCCAACGAAGUUAUCAACUCAAUGUAUAUUAUCUAUCGGGGGAAGGUGGACAUAAUAUCGGAUAUUAAUGAAGUGGAAGCCUGUAUGGGGCCGGGCGGCAUAUUUGGAAAUAUCAGAGGUGCAUCCAAGUAUUUGACCAUGUCAAACGUCAUCGCAUCGAGAAACAUCGAUUUGUUGUGUAUUAAAGGACACGAUUUCUACGCUCUCCUAAAGAGCUAUCCGUCCGUACUUAGGAAAGUAAAACAGUCGGUGGACUCAGCAGCAAAAGACUACGUUCUUCCUACCACCACGUCUGGAAGACCAAGUUUGGAGGUUGAGACAUACCCUCUUUCAUACGAAGCUGGUGACGAUGAAGAAGACGAUGGACUCGACGAUCUUGACUUCAGCAUGUUUGUAGAAAGUCCAGAAAAAAGUAUAGCUGAAUCCCAUGGCUCAAGAUCUAUCACGUCAGCAGGGAAUGCAGACUACGUUGGAGCUACAUUCCUGAUUUUAAAACCACACAGGUGGUUUCGUAGCAGUAUUUUGCCAGACUGCAAAUUGGUCAUGUUCAUGGAUCAAUUCACGCUGAUUCUUGCCUACGUUGACUUCAUGUUGCUCGUAUAUCAAAUGGCAUUUCUCUCAAUCCCUUACUUUUUAUACAUCUGUGUGACAUUGGACGUAAUUUUUUGGUACAAACUAUUUCUCGACAUGCACAGCGGGUUUAUGAACAGAUACGGCGAUUAUAUUUUGAAUCCGAAGAAAGUUAGGGAGAUGUACUUCUCAAAAGUAUACCUACGGAGGCGUGAUUUCCUUGCGAACAUACCUAUUUGCUACUUAGCAUUCGGCUUGCCCUUGCUUCCGCCCAUGCAACUCGCAUUUUUCGUCUACCUACGCUCUCCCCAGUUGUUUAGAGUCUCAUACCUGUUCACCUACAGAGUACACUCGGCAAGGAAAAACAACAUCAGCUCGGCUAAUCUUUUAUUCAAACUAACGUCAAUAGGAAUAUGGGCAUCAAUACUGGCUCACGUAAACGCAUGUCUAUUUUUCAAACUGUCAUGUCUAACUCCAGUGCACUGUACUUCGGCUAACUGGAUGUCAAAAAACGAACUUAAUUUACGAUCCAAAUACAUACAGGCAAAUUAUUUCUCAAUCUACGUAGCGGCUCUGUGGUACAUGAUAAACUUACUAACGAUCACUGGAACCGGCGACGUCUCAUCACAAAACGACUUUGAAGCUAUAGAAACUAUCAUUGUCAUUAUUAUAAUCAAAUUUUGUACAGGACUUCUAAUAUCAGAAAUGUCAGCGAUGAUAACAGCUCAUUCGUCUUCGCGGAUCGCUUAUGACUAUGGCAUUAACGAGCUGAGAGACGGUCUCCGGGAUAUGGACCUAAGUGACCACCAAAUGAACAAGAUGUGGGACUACGUUCGUGAACUGUGGAACAGACAACAAGGCCGGCAGAUGCCUGAACUAGUAUUUCAACUGCCAUUCCGACUGCGCUGUCAAAUUAUGCAAGCACUGUACGGGUCUCACAUAAGAGAGUCCAUUAUAUUCAGCAAAGCAGACGAUGAUUUCAAGAGGAUGCUAUCUAUGUGGAUGAAACAUUGCGUGUUUUUUCCUGGGAACUAUAUUGUACAAUGUGGAGAUUCCGACCAGUGCAUCUACUUCAUACAUAGAGGCGAGGUCGAAGUUCUAACUGUUCAUCCCAAUUUGACUGAAUCAAUUUACGAUAUUUUAGGCCCUGAAGACAGUUUUGGAGUAGCACAGGGACUUUAUGUAGGUGUGGCUCACCAUUUCUCAUUCCGAGCUAGGACUGUGGUCGAUAUUGUGUAUUUGAAGCUUGAACAAUGGAAGUAUUUGCUGGAUUUCUAUCCCAGAUCAGCGAAAAUUGUAAAAAAGAAAGUUGAAAAUGUCUAUUUGGCAAUCUAGACAAAU